AUGCGGGCAGACUGUGGUGAGCUCCCGGUGGUCCAGGCAGACGACCCCGGGGUCCUGGAGCCCGUGAGGCCGCUGAGUCUGGAGGAUCUGUCGCUGUACACCUCACCGGAGCCACGGGACAACUCUACCCGGGGGGAAGCGCUUGCAGCCGGGCAGAUAGAGCGGACUGUCGCCUCUCUGCGGAGCUCCGUGGAGCCGUUCACCUCCUGGUGUCAGAGCUCGUACGCUCGAAUCAAGCCCAAGAUCCAAAAUGGCGUCCGUGCGGGGACUGAGGCGUACAGCUUCCUGCUCAACCCGCCCUCACACUUCUACCCUCGGGUCGCGGUGGUGGGUUUCAGUGGGAUCCUGGGGCUGUUGGCCUCUCGUGGAGCCAGAGUGAAGAGGGUGCUGUACCCCGCUGGCCUCAUGACCUUCACCACCGCACUGUACUAUCCAGAGAGCGCCGCCCUGGUGGUCAAAACAGGCGUUGAGAGGGCGUACGGCGGCGCGGUGCAGAGCUACGCCGCCGUGGAGAAGAUUCUCAAACAGGAGCCAAAGAAAGAGAGCGGAAACAAGCCAUGA